AGGGAAAUAUGCAAAUUAGUGAAACUAACAAUGGCGGCUCCUGUUUAAAUAUUACACACUUUGGAAUUUCAAUGUUUUCGCCCAAAAUCGGAGUCCUUUGCAAGCUGUUCACUUCUCAUGAUAAAUCGACACCUCCGACAAGCGUGUGAGUGAUUCGGGACAUUUCCGAAGGCUCUCUCCGCCGACUUUGGCCCUUGGGAAAAAGUCCUCUGUUGAGCCCCCUUGGCUCGCAUUCCUGAGCUCGCUGUCCCGUUGGUCGGAGCGCUCGCUCGCGUUUCCCUUAGUGGCCUGCGCCCCGAAAAUGCCCGUUUUCGGGCCGAACUUCGUUCCAAAGCGAAGCCCCUCGUCUUCACUUCACGUUGUUUGGUGAGCAGCAGCCGUGUUGGUCCGCGGAGGAGCAGAUGCGGCGCGCAUGCAGCCGCCGCCGCCGACCGCCGCACGUCCGGCGAUGCCUAACAAGUCGAGAGCGUACAACCAGAAGGCGCUGGCCGAGAUCCGCAACUCGCUGUUGCCCUUCGCCAACAGCGAGACCGCCUCCAGCGCCGCCUCCACCAUCAGCCUGCUGUCCAGUACGUCGGGCGUCUCGUCCGCCAGCUCGAACAACGACUACGUCACUCAGCUCCUCAACCUUGGAUACCAUGAGGAUAUUGCACAGCGAGCACUGAAACAGACAGGUGGGCGGCUGGAGAGUGCCUUGGAAUUGCUGCAGGACACGCGGUUGAGGCUCAUCCGGAAGCCAAGCAUCGAGAGUCACCGUGGCAGUCCUGCUGUGGACAGUGGGGCCGGCAGCUCUCGUUCGGACAGUCCCCGACUAGCACCGCCCUUUUCCGAGCAAGGAGGGCACCACUCUCCUCUAGGGCGGCAGUACUCGCCCAUUGAAACAGCGCCCGUGCCACCUCCGAGAUGCGUUUCGUCGAGUCCGCCGCCCCCAGUGCCGCCUCCGCCCGACUACCGCAGCCAGCUGCACAUGAAAAGGACGUCGCCGAGAGGCACCAGUCCGGUGGCCUUGGCGCAACAGAUGGCGUAUGGGAUGCAGCUGAAUGGCUCGCCCACCCCCAAGCCGCCCCCGUCGUACCAGGCCUCCGUCCGGUGCAGCCCCACUGGCCAGGUGGCUCGGCCGAUGGCCGCCUGGGGUGCGGCCAGACAGGCCACCACGCCCAUAAUCAUGCAGUCGGUCAAGUCCACCCAAGUGCAAAAGCCCGUCCUGCAAACCGCCACUGCCCCUCCUCCCCCAUCGUACGCGAUGAGGCCUCAACCGCCCACGCCGCCCCCGUACCCCAAAACGCCCACGACGGAGCCCCCCAGCUACGCCAUCACCAUGCAGGCCCUGGCCGCUCAGAGGCAGCCUCCGACUGCCAGUACGACCGACUCGGUUGCCGCCCCCAGGCCGAGUCCCCGGGAAAUGUCCUCAAGUCGAGAGCCCCCCACCAUUGUGCCACCCCCAAGGGAGAACGUUUCAAGAGAGACGUCCAGAGAAAAGUAUGACCAUGAAUCUCCUAUACCAGAGCGGAAGCGGAUGAGCAAGGAAAAGGAGGAGGAGAGACGAACCAGUAAAGUCAAGUAUUAUUCUCCACAAGCGUUCAAGUUUUACAUGGAGCAGCACAUAGAAAAUGUGAUGAAGUCUUACCACGAGCGGCUGAUGCGCCGUCGGCAGCUCGAGAACGAAAUGAGCAAAGUUGGUCUGAAACCGGAAGACCAGAACCUGAUGCGCAAGCUGCUGUACCAGAAAGAGUCCAACUACAUCCGACUGAAGCGCGCCAAGAUGGACAAGUCCAUGUUCACCAAGAUCAAGGUGAUCGGACGCGGCGCCUUUGGAGAAGUGGCGCUCGUGCGCAAGAUCGACGCCAAGCAUCUUUACGCUAUGAAGACCCUGCGCAAGGCAGUGGUGCUCGAGCGCAACCAGGUGGCCCAUGUCAAGGCCGAGCGCGACAUAUUGGCCGAAGCUGAUAACGAGUGGGUCGUCAAGCUGUACUACAGCUUCCAGGACAGGGACAACCUCUACUUUGUGAUGGACUACAUUCCUGGCGGCGACCUCAUGUCUCUUCUCAUCAAAAAGGGAAUUUUUGAUGAGCUACUCGCAAGGUUUUACAUUGCCGAGUUAACUUGCGCUGUUGAAAGCGUGCACAAGAUGGGCUUCAUACACCGUGAUAUCAAACCUGACAACAUCCUCAUUGACAAGGACGGCCACAUCAAACUGACCGACUUUGGUCUCUGCACCGGAUUCCGUUGGACGCACAACUCCAAAUAUUACCAGCGGAAUGGUGAACACGGCCGGCAAGACUCGAUGGACCACGCGGAAGGUUGGAGCAAUGAGUGCCGAUGCAACAACCCCAUGAAACCGCUCGAGAGGCGGCGCAAACGUGAACACCAGCGCUGCCUGGCCCAUUCGCUCGUGGGCACGCCAAAUUACAUCGCACCAGAGGUCCUCUUGAGACAGGGCUACACGCAGCUGUGCGAUUGGUGGAGUGUCGGCGUCAUUCUCUACGAAAUGCUCGUCGGGCAGCCACCAUUCCUUGCCAACACACCUGAACAUACACAAUACAAGGUGAUCCACUGGCAGGACACGCUGCACAUACCGGAGCAGGCCCAGUUGUCUCCAGAGGCGAGUGACCUGAUCCUGAAACUGUGCACCUCUCCAGAGCAGCGGCUGGGCAAGAACGCGUGCGAGGUCAAGGCGCACGGCUUCUUCCGCGAGAUCGACUUCGACAAGGGUCUGCGCUCGCAGAAGGCGCCGUUUGUGCCUCACCUGGACAACCCGACCGACACGUCCAACUUUGACGACAUCGACGCCGACAAGGUGCGCAGCAGCUGCGGCGGCGGUUCGAGCGACUCCGACCAGGACUUCAACCGGCCCUUCCACGGCUUCUUCGAGUUCACCUUCCGGCGCUUCUUCGACGACGGCGGCGGCGGACCUCCGUACCCUCGAUUGCCAGUCAUGCCGCCUGAUGCCGAGCACGACCCUAGCACAGCGCAGGGUCCUGUCUACGUGUGACGGUCGGGCGGGGGCCUCGCGGCCCCCGCCAGCCCUGCCCACGACUAGUCUGCCGCCGCCGCUGCGCCGUGAUACUCCGUCCGGACUCUGGGCCACGCCCCCACUUCUGUGAUUCUCGAUGAUUUUUGUCGAAUAAAACGUCUAUGAACCUUUGCAAUUUUAUUUGCCAUGCAAAUUGUGUCGUUUCAAUCUCCGCCGCCGAUGUGCUUCUCACUUCUGAUUAAGGUUUGCUUGUUUAACGUUGCUCCCAAGAGAGGCAGAUGCUGUUGAAAUUUGUGUCUAAAUGUUGAUAUUUUUUCCCAGUGAACUGGCCUUUCUUAUGAGCAAUAAUCGCAAUGUGAAUUAGUGCAGCUCUGCCUUCAAAACUACUUGUUCAGUUGCAGAAUGUUUUUGUAGUCGUCGAUGAUUCUGUCGGCUCUGGAAACAGAAAAUUUAUUUUGUCAUUAGAUCGAAGAAACAGGCAAUCUUGAAGGCUGUGAAGUUCUAUAUUAAAAGAUCACUUUUAUUGAUGAGAAAAUGAAUGAUUUAUAUAAAAUCUUGUUAUCAAGGUUCUGUUGUAAAUAGUAAACCGUUGCUUGAAUUCAGAGAUGAUAAAUGUGAAUUAUUUAAAAAAAUGAAAAUGUUUGGGUACCUGAAUGGAUAAUUAUCAAGUUUGCUGAGAAAAUCUUGUGCAGUGUCAAUGCAAUUAUACGAAAUAUAAUGCUGGAUUUUGCCAGUUAUAAU